UUAUGAGAGAGCACACUGAAGGUAAGGAUCUUGUGCGGUCGGGGGUCACACGCUUUGCUACCAAUUUCCUCACCUUGCAGAGCAUACUUGCUACAUUGCCCAACCUGAAGCGGAUGUUCGUGAGUGAAAGAUGGUUGGGGAGUCCUUAUGCUACAAAGCUUGAAGCAGAGAAGGUUGUGAUUGCCAUUUUUGAUACUAAUUUUGCCAAGAUAGUGGAGGAGAUCAUCAAUGUGUCGGAACCGUUGGUGAGGGUGCUACGAAUGGUGGAUGGGGAUCAUAACUCCAUGGGGUAUCUAUAUGAGGCCAUGGAUAAGGCCAAAGAGGCGAUUCAACACUUGUAUGGGUCAAACAAGACCAAGUAUGAACCCAUAUGGCGCAUAAUUGAUCGGAGGUGGAACCAUCAACUCCACCAACAUAUUCAUGCUGCUGCCUACUUCUUGAAUCCCAAGUUUUUUUACUCUCCGAGUUUCAGAGCAGAUGCAGAGGUUAGAAUUGGCCUUGACACAUGCAUUCGGAGAUUAGUUGAUGAUGAGAUCCUUUGAGACCUGAUACUUGAUGAGUUGCAGAGUUAUAAGAAGGCCUUAGGGGAAUUGUUUUCUUCACCUGAUUGCAAACGUAGGAGAGCCACCUUAC